AUGGCGGACGCCAAUGCCGAGGGGCAGCCCGACUACACUACCUGGUCCAAUUCGAACUUGAUCAGUCGAAUCACAGAGCUUGAGCGACAACUACAUUCACAGAAUACGCAGUAUACUAUUCCGCCGACGCCUGAAUUGUCGCGCGCGCCCGUCGCAGAAGGCAUCUACGAGUCUGCCAUUCCGGCCCCUCCAUCCUCCGCCCAACCGAACAAGAAGAGAGCCCAUUCCCCCGAUGACAUUGUCAAUAAACCUGCGCCACCGUCCCAAACAGUCAAAGAGUCCCGCGGCUUUGAUCCGUCCAAGUACAAUACCCGAUUUAUUGCGCUUAAGUUCGCAUACCUUGGACAACAGUACAAUGGCCUCGAACACACGAAUGGGAAUGUUACGCCACUUCCUACGAUUGAAGAAAUAUUGUGGAAAGCUAUGCGACGGACACGUUUGAUUCUUCCCGAGACGAGCACUUCCGACGAGCCGAACGAUAUCCAGCCGCGGGAGCUACGCCCAUACUGUAUUCAUUGGGAUGGAUGUGACUACUCGAAGGCGGGCAGGACUGAUCGCGGAGUCAGUGCGUUUGGACAAGUUAUUGGAGUGCGAGUCCGCAGUGCUCGACCCAAGCUUGCGCCCAGGACUACAGAUCAGGAGACGGAGAACGAUAGCAUGCAGGUGGAGCACUCCACGGACCAGGAUUGGGAUGAUAUCGCCGACGAACUUGAAUAUGUAUCGAUUUUGAACAGAGUUCUACCAGGUGAUAUCCGAAUACCGGUACUUCUUCACCCAGCCGGCUUUUUCCCCUACCCGGGGGCUUUUGGGUUUGAAAAUCGAGCUCAAAGUGGCCAGGGACCCCGCGAAAAGUUGCGCGAGGGUUGGUUGGAUAUCGAAGCCAUGCGUGAAGCAGCCAAAUGCUUCGAGGGGACGCACGAUUUCCGCAACUUUUGCAAGCUGGACACGAGCAAGCAAAUCAAAAAUUUUGAACGAAUGAUCUUUCGCUCCGACAUUGAACGUGUCGACCCCAAGACCAAUCCUUUGGGAUAUGUGACCCGGCCUGGAUUUCAGUCGCAAGAAGACUCUACACAAGAUGUAGACAUGGUUUCUUCAGAACUGUCUGCGGAGGCACCUCCCCAUGUGUAUUCAUUCACUCUGUACGGCUCUGCUUUCCUUUGGCACCAAGUUCGCCAUAUGGUCGCCAUAUUGUUCCUGGUCGGACAGGGACUUGAACCCCCAUCAAUCGUCGCAGAUCUGCUGGACAUGGCAUCCGAUGCCCCGCUGGUGCUGUGGGACUGCAUCUUCCCCGAUGAAAGUUCCGGCAGCCGAGAUGACGCCCUGAACUGGCUGUACGCUGGUGACCCACGACAGAACAAGAACCGCAGCCCCAAGAGCGAUAGCAAGUUCGGUAUGAAGGGAGUAGUCGAUGGACUAUGGGCCGUCUGGAGACAACGCAAGAUGGAUGAGAUUUUGGCAGGUGCCCUUCUGGAUUUGACUGUUAGUCAAGGUGACCAGAGUUUGAUAGAGCACAUUGACAUCAAGCAUGGGACUGGGAAGAAGCAAAACCGAGGCGCUAAGAUCUGGCAGGGGGCUGAUGACACUCGCACGGGUGGGAAAUAUGUUCCUGUCAUGAAGAAAAACAAGAACGAGCCCGUGGAGGUUCAGAAUGCCAAGUGGCUGGCAUCAAAGGAGCGGAAAAUGGCGGCCAAGGAAGCGGCGGAACAGAGCGCGUCCCUGUAG